UUGAUGGCUGUGCACAUUGAUAGCUUUUAGUGUGUCUCCUUUUUUUUUUAGACACAAAAUUCAACUUUCUAAAGCCACCAGCGUUAUUACAACUCUGUGACAGCUUUGACCGGCAUCUUCGGUCAACAUCUGGACCUGCAGCUGUUUUAUAUUUGAUCACCAGAGUCCAGACAGAUUGUGAGAGUGUGUGUGUGUGUGAGUGUGAGUGUGAGUGUGUGUAAAGGGAGCUAACACAGGAGCUAACUUCUCCCUGCAAUACACCAGCUGCCUCAGCACUGUAUGUGUGGCAAUAACAUGUCAGCGCCUUUACCUGCCAUUGUGCCUGCUGCCAGGAAAGCCACUGCGGCGGUGAUAUUCCUGCAUGGCCUUGGCGAUACUGGGCACGGCUGGGCAGAGGCCUUCGCAGGAAUCAGGAUACCACAUGUGAAGUACAUCUGUCCACAUGCUCCCACGAUGCCCGUUUCUAUAAACAUGAGAAUGUCGAUGCCUUCGUGGUUUGACAUCUACGGGCUGAGUCCAGACGCAGAUGAAGAUGUGACGGGUAUUAAAAGAGCAUCGGAGAACAUUAAAGCCUUGAUAGACCAAGAAGUGAGGAAUGGCAUACCUUCGCACAGAAUCAUCCUGGGUGGAUUUUCACAGGGCGGAGCGUUGUCGCUGUACACGGCUCUGACCACCCAGCAGAAGCUCGCCGGAGUGGUCGCUCUGAGCUGCUGGCUUCCUCUCCGCAACUCCUUCCCUCAGGCAUCUGCCACGGGUGCUAACAAGGACAUGCACGUCCUGCAAUGCCACGGGGACGCCGACCCCCUGGUCCCCUUUAUAUUCGGCAGCCAGACGGCGGAGAAGAUGAAAAGCCUCAUCACUCCUUCCAACAUCACCUUCAAGACGUAUCGGGGUUUACCUCACAGCGCCUGUCCAGAGGAAAUGGUGGACGUCAAGCGUUUCAUAGAGAAGCAGCUUCCUGCCAUCAGCGACGAAUGAACUCGGGGAACGGCACCGCACAACAACAACCCCCCCCGGCACGGCAUAGUACCAAUCCGAGUCCUGUGGGCAUGACAUGACUCCAAUAAUGAGACUCUUUGGAACUCGAGGAAACCACUGACUUACUUGACAAUAAUAAAAUAAUAAAAGAAAAGAAAAGAAAAGAAACAAACCCCCCCCGCCCCCCCUCCCCCAACGCUGCUACUCAUAGAGCCAGACAGGACUUGGGGGGGCUCGGGAAGAGGCAACGAUGCUGCGUCCUGACCCGGAGCCACACACACACACACACACACGACCCCCCCCCUCAGUGUUACAGUAGAGUGACAUUAGUUGCUUGAUUGUAAAAGCUGUUUUAACCCGUUGAGAGAAAAAAAGCCAUUUCCUGCAGGAAUCGUAUUGUAUUGGAAUAACUAGGGCUAUAUUUUAUUAUGGUUUAAUAACUAUUAUUAUUAUUAUUAUCUCACAAUA